ACAGCUGGAAAAUGCAGUUGAGAAAAAGUAGGGGGGGGGACACACGCUAGAAUGUACAGAAAUGUGCACGUUGAAAUGUGUAUGUCAGGAUAUAGGUAUUUUAAAACGAAAAUAUGGAUAUCAAUAUCAGUACAGUUUUGUAGCCUACCUCACACCAUAUACAAAAAUUAACUCAAAAUGAAUCAAUGACCUCAAUAUAAAAACUAAAACCAUAAAAUUCUUACAAGAAAACAUAGGGGUUAACCUUCAGGACAUUGGAUUUGGCAGUGGAUUCUUAGAUACAACACCAAAUACAUGAGCAACAAAAGGAAAAAAAUAGAUUUCAUCAAAAUUAAAAACUGUGCAUCAAACGGCAUUAUCAAGAAAGUGAAAAGACCAAAAAAAAAAAAAAUGGCAGAAAAUAUUUAGAAAUCAUAAACUUGAUAAGGGUUUAAUAUCCAGGAUAUGUAAAGAACUCCUACAGCUCAACAAAAAGGCAACUCCAUUUAAAAAUGGGCAAACAACUUGAAUAGACAUGUAGCACAAGACAGGAAAUUUAACCUCAGUAUUCACUAACCAAAAGAAAACAAACCUGUUGCUGCGGAACCAGUUUCCACUCAUAGCAGUGGUUAAGAGAUAUGACUGCUAACCAAAAGGUCAGCAGGUCAAAUCCACCAGGUGCCUUUUUGAAACCCUGUAGGGCAGUUCUCUGCCUUAUAGGGUUGCUAUGAGUCAGAAUCAACUCAGUGGCAAAGGGUUUGGUUUUUUGGUUUUAGGUACAAAUUAAUUGGGAAUGUGUUAAGUUUAUAAUUAACUUCAAAGGAAUGACAACUUAGAAUUUUGAAACAUCCUUCCAGGAAUAGGGUAUUUUUCUUUAUUUUAAGAAAUUUACUAAAUAGCAUUAAUAAACAUAAAUAAAACUUUUUCUUUAUAUAUAUGUUGUACAUGCCUUUUAGUUUAUCUGUAGGUAUUUUAUUUAUUUUUUGUUAUAGGAGUCUGGUUUCUCAUAGCAUCUUUUUCUUCACUCAGCUCUGCCUUCUCUGAAUUCUCCCCAACUCCUAGGAAUGACCACACGGGAAGGAGAAGACAAUGGCUGCUGGGCCUCUGCCAUUGAGAGCUCAGGGUUUUGUUGGCAUAAUUGCUUGUUGAGCAGGAAUGUAUAGUUUCAGGAGUCAGUGACAUUCAAGGAUGUGUCUGUGGACUUCACUUGGGAGGAGUGGAUUCAACUAGAUUCUUCGUAGAGGAACUUGUAUGGGAAAGCUAUACUGGAGAACUACAGAACUUGGUCUCACUAGCAGGGUAUCAGCUUUCCAAACCAAAUGUUAUUUCCCGGCUAGAACAAGAAGAACUGAGCCUGGGGGAAAAAGAACUUCUGGGGCACGUCUCUCCAGACUGGGAGACAGGACUUGAAACCAAAGAGUCAACUCGAAAGCCCAGCAUUCCUGAAGAUUUUUCCCAUGGGGUGUGCAGGAGUUUCUAGCCUGAGGAGUCCGCAGCUGCAAAACUCCACACCUGCCUCCUCACAGCUUUGCCCUUCGCUGAGAGGACUCAUCAAGGAAGAAGGAAUGGCUGUCAGGCGCCUGCCAGUUGUGAUCCAGGAGUCAGUAACAUUCAAGGAUGUAGCCGUGCUCUUCAGCCAGGACGAGUGGGGACACCUGAACUCUGCCCAGAGGGCCUUGUACAGGGACGUGAUGCUGGAGAACUACAGCAACCUGGUCUCAGUAGGAAUUUUAGGACCCAAACCAGAUAUGUUUUCCCAGAUGAAAACGGGGGAAGAAUGGAUGCUGGAGGAUGCCUCGGGAGACUCCUGUCUUGACUGGAUGGCUAUGUUUAUGAGUAAUAAAUGCACUCUCAAGGCAGAGGUUCUUGAUGAAGAAUUGGAUCAGUGGAAGAUAAAGGAAAGAUUCGCUAGAGAUUGUCACUGGAAAUGUGAUAACCUGUUAGAAGAGCAGCAUGGAGGCCAGGAGAUAAAUAUGCAGCAAGUAGUAGUUGCACACCAGAAAACCCUAUCUGGGGUUGGUGCCCAGGAGCAUAAUGAAUCUGGGAAGGACUGCACUAUGAGCUCAUCUUUUAUUCAAAGUCAGAGAGGUCAGUCUGGCAAAAAAGCCUUUGAGUGUAAUGAGUGUGGAAAAGUCUUCUCUAAGAAUUCAACCCUUAAAAAACAUCAGAAAAUCCAUACUGAAAAACCUAAUGUAAAUUUGAAAACUAUUAAAGAGAAGCGAUAUAAAUGUAGAGAAUGUGGGAAAGCCUUUCACCAGAGUACACACCUUAUUCAUCACCAAAGAAUUCACACUGGUGAGAAACCUUAUGAAUGUAAAGAAUGUGGUAAAGCUUUCUCAGUGAGCUCCUCACUUACUUAUCAUCAGAAAAUUCAUACUGGAGAGAAACCUUUUGAAUGCAACUUAUGCGGAAAAGCUUUUAUUCGAAAUAUACAUCUUGCCCAUCAUCAUAGAAUACAUACUGGAGAGAAACCUUUCAAAUGUAAUGUAUGUGAAAAAGCCUUUGUCUGCAGGGCACAUCUUACCAAGCACCAGAAUAUUCAUAGUGGAGAGAAACCCUAUAAAUGUCACGAAUGUGGGAAAGCCUUUAAUCAGAGUACAAGUUUUCUUCAGCAUCAGAGAAUUCACACUGGAGAGAAACCAUUUGAAUGUAAUCAGUGUGGAAAGGCCUUCAGGGUGAACUCUUCCCUUACGGAACAUCAGAGAAUUCAUACUGGAGAGAAACCUUAUAAAUGUAAUGAAUGUGGGAAGGCUUUCAGGGAUAAUUCGUCUUUUGCUCGACAUCGGAAAAUUCAUACUGGAGAGAAGCCAUACAGAUGUGGUUUGUGUGAGAAAGCCUUCAGGGACCAAUCAGCCCUUGCCCAACAUCAGAGAAUUCAUACUGGAGAAAAACCUUACACAUGUAAUAUAUGUGAGAAGGCCUUCAGUGACCAUUCAGCUCUUACUCAACAUAAAAGAAUUCAUACUAGAGAAAAACCUUACAAAUGUAAAAUCUGUGAAAAGGCCUUUAUCCGAAGCACACACCUUACUCAACAUCAAAGGAUUCAUACAGGAGAAAAACCCUAUAAAUGUAAUAAAUGUGGGAAAGCCUUCAACCAGACUGCAAAUCUGAUUCAGCAUCAGAGACAUCACAUUGGGGAAAAAUGAUAUGAAUGCAGUUUAAAUGGAAAAGCUUUGAGACUGAGUAUGUUAAUUACUGAAUGUAAGAAAAUCCAUGCUAGAAAAUAACUAUGAAAGCUUACAGCAAAAUGGUCAUUUUACGUACUAAGAGUUAAGCUUCACAACAUUGUGCAUUUUGAGAAUUUGAGAAUGGCAAACACUCCUUAUUGUUUUUAUUGCCUCAAUAGAAUUAACAGUACUGUUUAAUUAGUCUGAAUUACCAAGUAUCAGAACCAAAACAGAGCUUCACUAAGGACAUAGAAAUUGGUUUAAGAAAAUUAUACUUUGACUAUUAAGAAAAAUUAUAAAAUUGCAGAAAUUAAGGCUGAGAAGCAAAGGGAAAUAAAGGAAAUGGUCUACAAGCAUUUCACUCUACUUCAUUCUCUUAUAUAAGAGGGUUGCUACCUUUAAUGAAAUUCUUAUUUCUCUCCUCACCCACACUCCAGGCAUUCAGUUUAAAGAAAGUACAGUCACCCAUGUGUCAGCCCAGGAAUUACUUGAAUUAUGUUUUCCACGUUCUACUUCAGUCCGUCUUUUGUCAGAUCUCCCUGGUCUGUGUAGCCACUGGCUUCUUACCUGAAUUCUUCUGGGACAAUUCAUCUGAAUGGUGUGUUCCUCUGUUAAUGUAGCAACUCCUGCCUAUUAACAUCAUGUCCUUUGUCACCACCUCAUUUUCUUUGAGGAGUGUGGUAAUCUGACUUCAUUCACAAUCCACGAUUCUAGAUACAGCAUCCAAAUUCAUCUUUCAAAAAUCCAGGACCCCUGCCUAGGGGGCAGAAUUUAAUCAAAAAUCUUGAUUUACCCAGUUUCUCUGGGGCUCAGCUUGACUCUGACCCUGGGGUGAUACCUACAAUAGGGGCCUUAGUCUGUGGUCAUUACCUUCCAGUUGUUCCGCACUAUAGUUAAGUUCACUGCACAGAGCAGUCAGGGGCAUGCUAACCUUCAGGUGUAGGGAUACCAACCACCUAGUUGUGGUCGUCUGAGCCACUGGCUACUUCUGCAACCUGUGUUCCUGGUGUACAACUGACAUAAGAGGUUAGACCCUCAAGGGCAGUUCUCACAGCGCGCUGAUCUACUCUGGUUUCUUUGGCUGAACAGACCUCUGUGUCCACUGCAUCAGAGUAUGUUUGCUACUCACAGAAUAUUGAAAUUCUGCAUUCUGGUCCUUGCCCUAACUUUGUCCAGGUUUCUGAACGUAUUAAACCCUGUGUUCAUAGGAAAGCAGAGAACUUUGAAUUUUUGCUUCUUGAGCAUAGUGUUCAGGCUGUGGAAUGUAAAGAGCUGUAUCCUCCUCACUGAGGAAAAUGGUUCACAUUUGAGAGCAUACUCUGUGCCAGAUACUGUGGUAAGCGCUUUGCAGAUAUUAACUCAAUCUUUACAAUUGUAUGAGACUGUCAGUACCAUCCCUGUUUGAAGAUUGAGGAGAGAGAUUUAGAAACUGGCCAAAAGUCAGCUUGUAAAGGUUGAAUCAAGGACUUGUCCCCAGGUGGCAGAGCUACUGGGCACUUAACCACUGCACUUGGCCACCUCCUUUAUGACACAUUCUAGAGCACAUAGUGAACCACAUGGUUUAAGGUGUUGAAGUGGGACUCAUGUGCAUGGCGGUGGGAUGGCUGUGUGCAAAGUCUUCAGUCUUGCAACCCAGGCUUCCUGUCAUGGCUUUCCACACAUAGGAUUGAAGUCUUUUCUUCAAGCCCUAGUUUGUCAAGGUGGAAAGAGUUUAGGUGCUCUUGCUACCUGAAAGUCCAGAAUCCAUGUGUUCACAAACACAUAUCUGAGUCUGACAACACGGUCCUGUGACAUCUCAUGGGCACAGCCUGAGAUAGCCAUGACAGGUCCUGGAUCCAGGGCAAAUGAGAGGGUUAUUACUAGGAAUACCUAUUUUGGAGGCUAGUGGCCAGAGAAAAACAGAGAAGUGGCCAUUCAUUUAUUAAAUCAUUUCUGUCAAAUAUAGUAUACAGUGAUUAUAUAUGCAUAUAGUUAUUCUUCCAUGAACCUUAAACCUAAUGGGGAAGGCAGGUAUUAUAAAAUGAAGCCAAAUAAUUUGCAAAUAAUUGUAGUAAGUAGAAUGAGUAGAUAGAAUAGGGUACUGUGAAAGAGUGUGUCAGGGUCCCAGCUUUAGAUUGUGUGGUUGGGGUAGGCCUCACUGAGGAAAUUAACUGAUGAUGAGACCCAGGAUAAAUGAGCAAGACAGACACAGAGUUCGGGGCUUUGUAGACAGAGUGAUCAGCAUGUGGGAGAACUGUGAGGCAGGAACUAGCUUGGGCUGCUUAAGAGACUUUACAAAGGUGUGGGUGGAACCCAAAGAGUCAGAACCUACAUGUGCAAGAUGAGGUUUGAUAGGAAGAGUAAGACCACAUAGACCCACUUAGCCCUUGCAGUGAGCUUUGGCGUCAUUCUAAACCCAGAGGAAGCUGUUACCAGAUUUUAGGUAUUUUAUUUCAAACUUUCAAGGUACAGAUAGUUUUUACGUGUUAAAUUUAUAGGAGUGUAAAAAAUGGAAAACUUCCUGUUAUGAAUUGAAUUGUGUCGCCCCAAAAAUGUAUGUUCAAACCUGCGGUACCUGUGAAUGUGACUUUGUUUGGAAAUGGGGUCUUUGAAGAUACAAUUGGUUAACAUGAGAUCAUACUAGAGUAGGGUGGGUUGUAAUCCCAUCUGAGUGGUGUUAUGAAAGAGGAGAGACACAGGCACACAAAGGGAAGACAGCCACAUAAAGACAGAGGCAGAGAUUUUUCAGUGAUGUGUCUACAAGCCAAGGAACGCCAAAGAUUGCUAGCCAUCACCAGAAGCUAGGAGACAAACAUGGAACAGAUUAUCCCUCAGAAGAAAACACGAAUGACACCCUGAUUUUGGACUUCUGGCCUCCAGAACUGUGCGAGAAUAAGUUAUUUUAAAGCCACCCACUUGUGGUAAUUUCUUAUGCAGCCCUAGAAAACUGAUGCGCUUCCCAAUUAAUUUUCUUUCUUUCCCUAUUAAUUUCCCUUGCAGCUAAGAAACGCCAAAGUUUGGAAAAUCACCCAAAGUUCAAUUGCUCUCUAAAACACAAAUGUUACAUAAUGUUGUUUUAUAAUUUCUGACCAUUAUAAGAAAAAAUAAAGGUGUUACAAACAUUUACAACCCCAUUGCUGUCAAGUCCAUCCGGACUGAUAGCAACACUAGGACAGAGUAGAACUGCCCCAUGGGGUUUCCAAGGCUGUAAUCUUUAUAAAAGCAGAUUGCCUCUUCUUUCUCCUGUGGAGCUGCUGAUGGGUUCAAACUGCCGACCGACCUUCGGUUAGCAGCUGAGCGCUUAACCACUGUGUCACCAGGGCUCCUUUUCCAAAUCUUUACAGAAGGGGCUAUUUCAGAUUCCCCUGGUGAAUUGCCCCAGGCUCCUCACCAAUCUUCCUGCCUAUGGUCUGGUCCCCUCCAGCCCACCUCCCACGCCAGCCGCCAGUGAUCUGCCUAACCAGACAUAGCACUUGCCUGCUUAAAACCCUUUCUACCCUUUGCCAAGAGUAGAAGAGCUACUCUUCUAAGCAAGGCCUUCAAGGCCCUACACACGUGGAUCCACGCAGACCUCUCCAGCCUAACCUCCCACCUCAGCUCCCACAAUUUAUAUUGCAGACACAAGGAAAUUGCAGAAGAUCCUGGCACCACAAACUGUAAUUGUCUGUUUCCCCAACUAGACUGUGAGCUCAAAGGCAGAGACUUGGCCCAGUUUAACCCACUGUGCCCAGUACCCAGCUAAAGCUCGGCACAUAGUUGAUGUUGGUAAAUGUGUGUUAGUAAAUAAAUUAGCCCCAAUUAUUUCAAACGAAUAUUUGCUGAGGCCUGUAGAGGAUCUGACGCAUUUCUUUAAAGUAAAAUGCCUUAGUUGUCCUAUUGGAAGUUUAUAAACAGAGCUUAUUUUUCUAGAGGGCUGCAUUGUAAGGGAAAGUUCUGUACCCUGGGACUUAGGCUGUGGUAUAAAUGUUGGAGAGGGAAAGGAAGGAGGCAUUUGUGGUGGUACCCCCUGAGUGUUAUUCAACAGAUACAUAAAUUUAAAAUAAUUUAAUAUGGAUUUUGGUAGCACACGAUACAAACUUAAAAGGAAUAAAAGGGUGUACAGUGAAAAAUAGGUCUCUCACCUUCCCAUGCCCCUGUUACCCAAUUUCCCUUGCCAGAGGCAACAACAGUUACCAGAAUCCUGUGUGUCCUUCCAGAGAUAGUCUGUACAUAUACAGAUGAUAGGAUAUUGGAGUUCCUGGGUAGUGUAAAGGGUUAACAUGCUCAUCUACUAACUGAAAGAUUCGUGGUUAGAGUCCACUCAGAAACACCUCAGAAGAAAGGCUUGGCAAUCCGCUUCCAAAAAAUCAGUCAUUGAAAAUCCUGUGGAGCACAGUUCAACUCCAACACACCUGGCAUCAUCAUGGGUAGGAAUGCACCUGGUUUUACUGGAAGUAACAUUAGAUACAAUGUUCUGCAUUUUGCUACUUUUCUUUAACAACAUAUCUCAAAGUUCUUUUCAUUUCAAUACAUAUAGAGCUGCCUCAUUCUUUGUAAUAAGUGCAAAAUACUCCAUUGUUGAAUGCACCAUAUCGUUGUCAUUGUUAGGAGCCAUCCAGUUGGUUCCGACUGAUAGCGACCCUAUCUGCAACAGAAGAAAACAAUGCCCGGUCCUGCACCACCUUCACAAUCAUUGCUGCAAUGUUUGAGCCCAUUGUUGCAGCCACUGUGUCACUCCAUUUCAUUGAGGGUCUUCUUCUUUUUCACUAACCCUCUACUUUAAAAAGCAUGAUGCCCUUCUCCAGGGACUGGUCCCUUCUGAUAACAUAUCCGAAGUACGCGAGACAAAGUCUCAUCAUCCUCGCUUCUGAGAAGCAUUCUGGCUAUACUUCUUCCAAGACAGCAUAAUGUAUUUAAUAUUGGUCCCAUUUAAUGUAUUUAUUUUGCUGAAGAUCAUUCAAAAGUGGUUGCACCAGUACAUUGACAGGGAACUGCCAGAAAUUCAAGCUGGAUUCAGAAGAGAAUGUAGAACAAGGGAUAUCAUUGCUGAUGUCAGAUGGAUGUUGGUUGAAGGCAGAGAAUACCAGAAGGAUGUUUACCUGUGUUUUACUGACUAUGCAAAGGCAUUUGACUGUGUGAAUCAUAACAAAUUAUGGAUAACGUUGUAAAGAAUGGGAAUUCCAGAACACUUAAUUGUGCUCAUGAGGAAUCUGUACAUAGACUAAGAGGCAGUCAUUUGAACAGAGCAAGGGGAUAUUGCAUGCUUGAAAAUCAGGAAAGGUGUGCAUCAGGGUUGCAUCCUUUCUCCAUACUUAUUUAAUCUGUAUGAUUUUUGCUGGACUAUAUGAAGAAGAAUGUGGCAUCAGGAUUGGUGGAAUACCCAUUAACAACCUGUGAUAUGCAGAUGAUAAAACCUUGCUUGCUGAAAGCAAAGAGGACUUGAGGUACUUACUGAUGAAGAUCAAGAACUAGCCUUCAGUAUAGGUUGCAUCUCAACAUAAAACAAAAAUCCUCACAACUGGACCAAUAAGCAAUAUCAUGAUAAAUGGAGAAAAGGAUGAAAUUGUCAAAGAUUUCAUUUUGCUUGGAAACACAAUCAACGUCACCAUAGAAGCGCAGUCAGGAAACCAAAUGACAUAUCGCAUUGGGCAAAUCUGCUGCAAAAGACCUCUUUAAAUGUGUUAAAAAGCACAGAUGUCACUUUGAGGACUAAGGUGUGCCUGACCCAAACCAUAAUAUUUUCAAUCGCCUCAUAUGCAUGAGAGAGCUGGACAAUGAAUAAGGAAGACCGAAGAAGGAUUGAUGACCUUGAAUUAUGGUGUUGGUGAAGAAUUUUGAAUAUACCAUGGACUGCCAAAAGAACAAACAAAUCCGUCUUGGAAGAAAUACAGCCAGAGUGCUCCUUGGAAGAGAGGCUGGAGAGACAUUGUCUCACAUACUUUGGACAUGUUGUCAGGAGGGACCAGUGUCUGGAGAAGGGCAUCAUGCUUGGUAAAGUAGAGGGUCACUGAAAAAGAGGAAGACCCUCAAUGAGAUAAUUGACACAGUGCCUGCAACAUGGGCUCAAACAUAACAAUGACUGUGAGGAUGGCACAGGACUAGGCAGUGUUUCGUUCUGUUUUACGUAGGGUCAUUUUGAAUCGGAAUGGACUCGACAGCACCAUUCCGACAACAAUCGCUGAUCCCAAACUGAGGUGUGGUUAGGUUGUUUUCAAAUUUUUCAUUACUGCAAACAAUGCUGCAAUUAAUAUUCUUACAUAUAUUCCAUUCCAUACUUGGGCAAGUAUAGUUUUAGGUAAAAUGCCACAAAUUGCGUUGCUGGGUUCAAAGAAUGGGUGCAUUUUUUCAAUUUAGAAAGUGCUAACUUUCCCUCCUUAGAGGUUGUGCUAGUGUGCACCUGCAUUGGGGGAA